ACGAGACGAGGACGGAACCGGAGCCGGGUACGGGCAGCGGACGCGGUCCAGCCGAGAGCCGAAGAUGGCAGUGAAUGUGUACUCAGCGUCGGUCACCAGUGAUAACCUCAGUCGACAUGACAUGCUGGCCUGGAUCAAUGAGUCUCUGCAGUUGAAUCUGGCAAAGAUUGAACAGUUGUGCUCAGGGACUGCCUAUUGUCAGUUUAUGGACAUGCUGUUCCCUGGCGCCAUUGCCUUGAAAAAAGUGAAAUUCCAAGCUAAGCUAGAACACGAAUACAUCCAGAACUUCAAAAUACUACAAGCAGGUUUUAAGAGGAUGGGUGUUGACAAAAUAAUUCCUAUAAUUCCUGUGGACAAAUUAGUAAAAGGAAAGUUUCAGGACAAUUUUGAAUUCGUUCAGUGGUUCAAGAAGUUUUUUGAUUUAAACUAUGAUGGGAAAGACUAUGACCCUGUAGCUGCCAGACAAGGUCAAGAAACUGCGGUGGCCCCCUCCCCUGUUGCUCCAGCUCUGAACAAACCGAAGAAACCUCUCAGCUCUAGCAGCGCAGCUCCGCAGAGGCCCAUUGCAACACACAGAACGACUGCAACCCCUAAGGCUGGCCCGGGCGUGGUGCAGAAGAAUCCUGGUGUGGGGAACGGGGAUGACGAAGCAGCCGAAUUGAUGCAGCAGGUCAACGUGUUGAAACUUACCGUCGAAGACUUGGAGAAAGAGAGAGAUUUCUACUUUGGAAAGCUAAGGAACAUUGAACUGAUUUGCCAGGAGAACGAGGGGGAAAACAACCCUGUAUUGCAGAGGAUUGUGGACAUUCUCUAUGCCACAGAUGAAGGCUUCGUGAUACCUGAUGAAGGGGGCCCGCAGGAGGAACAAGAAGAGUAUUAACAGCCUGGACCAGCUGAGCAUCAUCCGAAUUCUUCACUCCAAAUCAUGUGCUUAACUGUAAAAUAUUCCCUUUUAUUAUUCUUAGAGGACUCACUGGUUUCUUUUCAUAAGCAAAAAGUACCUCUUCUUAAAGUGCACUUUGCAGAAGUUUUUCACUCCUUUUCCAAUAAGUUUGAGUUAGGAGCUUUUACCUUGUAGCAGAGCAGUAUUAACAUCUAGUUAGUUCACCCAGGAAACAAAGAGGCUGACCAUGGGGCUCACUGUGUGGAUGUU